AUGCAACCAGGUAGCGGGGCCAACAGCGGGACCAACAGCGGGACCAACAGUGCGAAUGGUAGCGGAUCUCCGGUUUUGUCCAGCUCGAGACAUGCGUCAAUCGUAGAAAUGCUUUCUACUCCUCCGCAGCUGCCCCAUCACGUGCAGCACAACAAGACGUAUCACAACCAUAGCUCGAGCUACUCGCAGAACAGGACGCUCCAGCAGCAGCAGGCGAGUCAGAUGGGCGGGCAGGCGCAGCCCUCUCCACCGCAAAGCGCUCAGGAUCAAGUUCCGGCCCUGUCGCCCCACUCUUCCGUGUCCUCUCUGAACUCUUCACUUUUCAAUGCGGACCCGGCGAAACUGGACUCGCAACAAAUGACGCCAACCACCUCACAGUGUUUGUCGUCAGUGCACGCCCACGAGUGGCAAUAUAUUCUUCUAUCGCAACUGAUCGAGCAGAAUAAACUGAUUACGGUCCCCGAGUCUACCUCUGUCGAGGAGGCUUUUAACACGAUGAUGAAGUACCACCUGACGUCUCUGCCCGUAGAGCCGCCACAGGGCGACAUGAACUGUUUGACGUUCGACUACAAUGACCUGAACUCGUAUCUUCUGCUAGUGUUGAACAAAAUUCAGGUGUCAAAUAAGAGUGUCCAGCAGGAUUGUCAGAACGGGAAACCAGUUCCCGUUGGUGAGAUCGUGAAGCUGACGCCGAAAAACCCGUUCUAUAAACUGCCUGAGUCGGAGAAUUUAUCGACAGCCAUGAGCAUACUGGGGUCUGGAGUUCAUCGGGUUGCCAUUACAGAUAAUGACAUGACAAAGAUCAAAGGUAUAUUAUCACAACGUCGUCUAAUCAAAUAUCUUUGGGAUAACGCAAGAACUUUCCCGAAUUUGGAAUAUCUUUUCAAUUCGUCAUUGCAAGAUUUGAAAAUCGGUGUUCUAAACACCCAUGCAAAACCGACUUCAAGGCAGUCUAGAGUUAUAUCAAUUCAAGGUGACGAACCAUUGAUAAUGGCGCUAUUCAAAAUGCAUGUGGAAAGAAUCUCUUCAAUCGCUGUUGUUGAUCAACAAGAUAAUUUAAUCGGAAAUAUUUCUGUUACUGAUGUCAAACAUGUCACAAGAACCUCCCAAUAUCCAUUAUUACAUAAAAACUGUCGUCAUUUCAUUUCCGUUAUAUUAAACGUUAGAGGUCUAGAAACUGGUAAAGAUUCUUUCCCAAUAUUCCACGUUUAUCCAACAAGUUCCUUGGGCAGAACUUUGGCAAAGCUUGUAGCGACGAAAUCUCAUAGAUUAUGGAUUGUUCAACCUCCAGAAAUCGGUGGUAGUACGGCAAGUAUUGAUUCUAAUCAAUCAAUUUCAAUUCCUUCUUCUCACUCUCCAAUGAUUUCAGCAAUGGAAGAUCCUCCUUCACCACAUUCGAAUAAUGCUCCUCCAUCAAAUCUUUUUGAGAAAGAAUACCGCACAGGUAAAUUAAUUGGCGUUGUGUCAUUAACUGAUAUAUUAAGUUUACUAGCAAGGUGCCAAACUGAACAUAAACAAGUUGAUCCUCAAAGUGCAAGAAGACAAAGGGGUAGUAUUGUAUCGUAA